CCGCUGUGGAGGUGAACUGCCAUGCGCGGUCGCCAUGUUAUCGGGCUCUCCUCCCCCUUUCGGGGACUCGUCACAGGCUGAUAGCACUAGCACAGGCUACAUUACAAGGAGGCAGCUGGUGAAUAGGAGCAGAGUGGGAGAGAGACUAACACAGGACUAAAACAAAAGAAAGCACGGGAUGGAAUAAAGCAGGACAGCGCUGAGUCGCUCGGUUUCUCUCUGUCAUCUGACGCCGGCUGAAGCACUUUGUUUCGUGUGAUUUCGUGCCCUGGUGACUGCAAUACAACAAUUGAAAAUGCGCCUGGCAGUUUGAAUUGUGAUGGGGAGAGACUCUGGUCGUUGUAAGGGUGGAUAUCGAUCAUCCCGGCCGUCUGUGUCGACUCCUUUACGUUUAAACUUCAACGAUAUGGUGUGCUGAAUGGUUUUGCGAGGAUAUACGCUUGAAAACAACAGCUGAAGCGAAUCCGUGUCAGCUAGCUCGCUAGCGACUGUUAACUAGCAUUGGCAUUAGCCUGCUCCUCAUGGUGGACAUUUAAAUACACCUCAAGUGGAAUUAUCCUGGCAGUUAUUGGAAAGUGUUGGUUUUAUGUGGAAAUUACUAGAGCGGCUUCAAGUUGCUUCUCAAAAAGAGCUUGUUCUCUUGAGCUGUGUUUAUAACUUUGUUGGAGACUAUCCUCUAGAAAUGAAUCACCACGACCGAUCCGGGGAGUCAGGCAGCGCCCGAAAAAUGGUGUACCCCAUGAGUUUACCCAAACGGGAGAGCAGCAGCAGCACGGUGGGUGGUUCCUCCACAUUGACAACUUCUGGAAGCACCAGUCUUAAUAGCAACAACUUGAUGCUGGGGGAUGAUUAUUCAUCUCCGGUGCUGAUUCAGUCUCAAACGCUGGCUGCAUCCUCUCUCGGGUCCCAGAACCCUCCUCAGAGCCUGAAUAUCCCCAUGCAGACCACCCUGUUACCCCAAACUAUGCCCACCACAGUGGCUCAGAUGAAAAAGAAGAGUGGCUUUCAGAUCACCAGUGUUACUCCCGCUCAGACAUCUGUCAGCACCAACAACAGCAUUACUGAGGACACUGAGAGCUGUGACGACUUGGACGAGUCCCACACCGAAGACCUGUCGUCCUCUGAGAUCAUGGAUGUGUCACUUUCGCGGGCCAACAAUGCAGGGGGACCGGAAAGGAGCUCCUCGGAGGAGACGCUGAAUAACUUCCAUGAGGCGGAGACCCCGGGGGCUGUGUCGCCCAACCAGCCACCCAUUCUCACCCAAGCACACCUGCAUGGCACUAUGGUUAAUGGGACUGUGCACCAUCAUCACCAUAAUCCUGCUUCCCCUGGAAAAGCCCAACCUGCUGGUGGGACUCAGAUUGGUAUACCUUUGAGUGCCGCAGUCACAUCUGCGGUGACCUCAGGUUCUGGAGCUUUAGCUAGCACAGGCCAGAAAGUGCCUUCAAAUGUGGUAGGAUUGAUUGAGAACGCCUCUGUUGGCUCAACUGCAGUCAUCGGUCAGCCGUUGGCCACUGUCGCCUCAGGAACUGGUAUGAUCUCUGUGACUUCAGGUGCCACAAUUAGUACUGGUAAUCCUAUAACAAAUAAUGUUUGUAUGUUAAAUUCUGCCAGUGUGCCUGCUGUGGGUGGCAAGAGUACCAAUAGUAGCAAUGUAAACUACUCCCCUGCUUUGAAUAGUAUUAGUAACCAAACAGUAAACUUGACACACAUUCCCAGCGGAAUAAUUGGCAUGGGCAUCACCGCUGCUACUACUGUUUCUGGUGGUGUUGCUUCAACAGGUGGAGGGCAGGUGGGCCCAGCUGUCAUGGGCCAGCACACAAUGCCUGCUCCCUCUGUCCCGGCGAUGAACGCUCAGCCUCAGCAGUCCCAAGUGCCUACUCCUGCCUCCACCAGCUCACGUUUCAGAGUGGUCAAAUUGGACUCUACCUCUGAGCCUUUUAAGAAGGGUAGGUGGACAUGCACCGAGUAUUACGACAAAGAGGCCCCGGGCACAGCGUCCUCUGAAAACGCCCCCAGCACCCGAACAGUGGAAAGCAUCCGCCAGUUUGUGCCUGAGAGUGUGGUGUGCCUGGACAGAGAGAGUGUCAGCGGGAGCUCUGUCAGCAGCACGGCUAGCCAUUAUACUGAAAGUCUGGGGAGUGGAGAGACGGGCGGCCCCUCAGCUGUGAAGCAGACCUUCCAGCAGCCUGCUGCUCAGAAGCACGACUACUCAUCUUCUCAUAACGUGUCUAUGUCUCAGAUGCAACCCCAAGACUUAGCUCAUGCGCAUCUUAAGACUAGUGCAGUUGCUCCGAUGCCAGCGAGCAUUCAGCCGCAGCAGCCGCCGGCAACUAUGGGAGGACUGCAGACCACAAUCAGGCAUUCAACUGCAGCCGUGCCCCCUCAUAUGCCCAAACUGACAUACGCCCAGGCAGCACAGUCCCCCACUGCGCAAGCCCUGCCUGUGGUGACCCAGCAGCAGAUGGGCUACCCGCCCGCACAGCAGCCGGCUGCACCGACCCAGGUAGCAUUGGCACAUGUUAACCCCUUAAGCCAGGGAGGCAGCCUGCCACAUGACUUCCCUCAGUCGAAGCAGAUCGUGAACACUGUGCCACCUGGGUCAACACAAACACUUCCCCACCUUUCUGCCUCCAUCCCUCCAGUGGUGGGGAACGGUCAGCUGAUUGCAGCUUCGCAGCAGCCCGUGGGCACUGUGCAACCCCCUGCUGCUCAACCACCUCCACAAGGGCUCCUGCCGCCACAACAGACACCCGCCCCGCAGAUGGUCCAGGUCGUGUCGCAGCUGGUGCAGUCCACCGGCGCUAGUCUCAUACAGCAACCCUCCAUGGAGCAGCAGUCACAGCUCGGCAGUCAAGGCCGCGGCACCCAGUUUGUGACCUCAUCAAAUGUGCCUCCUAAUCUUCAGAGUGAUCCUCAGUCCAGUUUGAUCCAGAACGGCUCGAAGGAGCCCGGGCAUGCGGUGAGCACCCUGCCCUCUGCGAUGCCCACACCGCAGGAGGAUGCCCAGCUCCUGUUACAGCACCCAACUCUGCUCACACAAACCAAGCCCGCCGGUGGUGAAGUUGCCUCCCAGGCCGGCACCUCCCGUGGUCCAGAGGGAAGCAGUGGAGUCAAUGCCUUAACUGCCUCGGCCAGCCUGCUGAAGAGCUUACCUGUGGAUGGAGAAGAAGAUGGCUCGUCGGGUGCCAGUGUUGUGGCUAUAGACAACAAAAUUGAACAAGCGAUGGAUCUGGUGAAGAGUCACCUGAUGUACGCAGUCCGUGAAGAGGUGGAGGUGUUGAAAGAACAGAUUAAAGAACUGAUUGAGAGAAAUUCUCAACUGGAGCAGGAAAACAACCUGCUGAAGAACCUGGCCAGUCCGGAGCAGCUCGCACAGUUCCAGGCACAGGUUCAGAGCGGCUCGCCGCCGCCGUCGUCCACGCAGGGCCCGCCGGCCCCACUCGCAGCACAGAACUCUGGCCCGUCGGCGUAGCUCCGAACGACAGUUCCUGUUAAGGGCCGAUGAGUGGCUGGAAACGGACUGAAGCUUCUGAACAAACAUGCCUCACUCACAUGUUAGACUGACAGAAUUUGCACACCUUUCAAAACUUGACAAUGUCGAGGUGAUUUACACACCGGUGACAAUCCAGUUGGCUGAGGCGGGACGUUGCCAAAAUCCACGGAGUGUGAUCGUCAGGAAAACAAUCCUGGAGGACGCGAUAUAAAGAAUCAAUGUGCCUGUGUCUAAAGUCCCGUUGGUUUUCGGUCAAGGCUGUUUUCCGUGUCUCCCUUACCUUUGUGUAGUGUACAUGCUGACGGCGGUCUUUUUAGACUCCAAGCUUCUUCUAAAGCAAGCACUUUUAUGGUGACGAUUGUGAUGAGACUUUGAAGAGCUGCCGAUCUGUGCCCCAGCUGGCAUGGGGAAGGCAGACGCAUUGACUUCCUUAGUUGCAUUGGUGUAAUCAUGAUACUUUUUUUGGAAUGAAGAAAACGACGAGGAGGUAUGAUCCUUCAAAUCCUCAUUCGUUCCCUGUGCAGUGAGGAUGACGGAUGAGCAGAAUUGCGAGGUGGACCGGCUGUAUAUUAUUGUAUGAUUAGUGUAAGUAUUUUGUAAAAUAGCGAUAUCAUGUGAAGCGGCUAAAGAGACACUAUAUAGGUUGUACAGAUUUAAGGGGUAGCGAGGUAGUUGGCUUACCCAGGAGACGUCAUCCUUCUUUUUAAUGCAGUUAAGCAGGAUCGGUCUUACGAUAUUUAUCUGGCAGAUGGAAACUACUCAUCUAACACCUACUGUACACUACUUUUUUGUUCACUUGAGAUGAUUUUGAAGUAUUACACCCAUGUGAUUUCUGUUUUCAGUUUGGACAGUGAAGUAUUCUGGAUCUUUUAACUUACAUUUACUCUCGACUAUCAUAUAGCUGACAUGGAUUUGCAUUGUGUACAACUUGUAUGCUUAUGUUCUGUGCAUGUUCUCAAAACCAGGAGAUAAGUUGUAAAAUACUGUAAUUGCACUUGCCAGUUGCACUUCACAACUCUCAAUAAAGUCAUGUUUGUGAAAACCCUU